AUGUCAACUACUAUUUCAUUGCAUUUUAGUAGAGCUUUAUCAAUUCUGGAUAAUAAUGUUGUACUUGUACAACUAUCUGAAUCAUCACAAAUAUCAACAACUACAAUAAUACUAUCCGACGGAUUUCAUCAUUUAGAUAUUUCACUUCUUGAUGAAAUACAAAAUAUUGAAUUUUAUCAAGCGAUUGAUCUUGCAUCGGGUACUCGAUCGUUAAAAGUUAACGUUUUAAAUCAACAACAUAAAUCAGUUGAAAACAUAUCGGUUCCUUUAGAACUCGUUGAUUGUUCACAUAUUACUUAUGAAUACGUGACGAACCGUUUGGGUGAAGUUAUAUUUCAUUAUUUACCUAAACAUGUUAAGAUAAACAUCGAAGCAGUUUGUAUGAAAACAAAACGUCAUGCAUUUGCUGAAAUCGAUACUCUUAAUUAUCAAAAUAUAACUGUAGUAUUACAUUAUGACGAGUAUGAUCUCUCGGAUGAAGAAUAUGUUGCUAUUUAA